UGCGCGGAAGCUCAAAAGAAGCUCUCUUCGGUGUUUGCGCGCAAGUUCGCAAUACUUACGCAGAGCAACAUUUUCUUCGGGCCUCCUCUCGCAUUCUUCCUCCUGCGCGUUGCCACGAGUCUGGAUGAGAAAAACCAGAUAUUUCCACCCAAAAAUUUCAUCUGUAUGUAGCCGAACGCGAGGCGAUCUUGCGAAUUUUCCACGCAAGUAAGUCCGGCGUACGAAGAGGCGCCUUAUCCACGAUCCUCCGUGUUUUCACACCAGAGUAGUGAGUGUCAGGAAGUUGGGCAGAGAAGUACUCUUGCUCAGCGUUUUGCGAUCAUUCGGAUGCGUUCUGUGGUGGUGUCAAAAAUAGCCACACAAAAACAGAGCAAAGAAAAAGAGAAUUUCGCACUCAAUAAAUUGCUCGAUGGCAAGUUUUCUCAUGCGUGGACCCAAAAGAUAAUUUUUUUUUGUUUCUCCUGUGCUGUGUGUGUGUUACUUUCACUCGCGAAUUAUUGGAUUUUCUGGCGAUUUUUUUUAUUCUAUGAGUGCUCCUUAGUGGUUAUGUAAUUAAAAGUUAAAGAAGUGGGUACAAUUAGUGGCAACUUGAGGGAGAUCCUCGACGGAGAAAAAAAGUAACUUUGAGGAAUAGAAUGUAAAAUAAAGUGAAAGAACAUUCAAAAGUACCUGCAAAAGAACUCUCAAAAACUUUGGGUUGUGAAUGAAAAAUGAGUGAAAUGGUUAAUCAACAUCGAAGGGAAGACUCUCCCGUGGCCAGAGAUAUUUCCAUGUCGCCAUCAUCACGCCGUCGGGCGGACUUUACGCUGCGGCAGCUUCAGAAUGACGUCAUGUUCCGCGCUAGGUCAACCCUUAGCACCCUAGGGGAUGCAAUGUGGCGCCCGUCGGCAUCAAAAAGCCCCACAAAAGCUCCCCAUAAGCAUCGUGGAACAUUUGAUUUCUUCCUUUGUGCAGCAAAACCCGGAUCGAAGCAUAAGAAAAUCGACCCAAAGGACUCAAAGAAGGAUCAAGUGGACGCGAAGAAGCCCACAGAAGGGGGAAAUCGUCGUACUAGGAGUAAAUUUGUGCGCAACAAGAGCUUAGAUUGCGAAGGAGGAGAGAAUUUCCCUGUGCGACGGGAUGAUUUGAGCCUUUCGCUUGAAAAUCUUAAUUUUGGGCCCAAAGAGGAAGCUCCUAAGGCUCGCCCUUCGUCCUAUCACGAUGGAAGUGUGACAGUUAAGGCAAGACUAAAGUUGCAGAAAUUCAUGUCACACGAUGAGUCGAGCCUUAGCUUGCCCAAAUCUCCCAGAAUAAUUCGCCAAAAUUCUCUGGAUCCACGAAAUCAUCCAAUUGCUGAGGAGAAGAGCCCACAGGAGGGUACAGCAAAGCUCGAUGUACCGCAAAAGCCACGGAAGAAGCUUUCAUUUAGGGAACCAGAAAAUGAUGCCUACAUUGCAAGGAGCUUUAGUCUUGACUCUGAACUUGAGUCGCAGGCUAUGAGGAUCGUUCGCACGGUGGGUCAGGCUUUUGAGGUGUGCCACAAUCGCAAAGUUGUGGCUCAGAAUGCCAAAGCACCGACAAUGGAUCGUGUUGAGGAUGGUGAAUCAGAGACACCCUGUGAUACAUCGGAACAGGAUCGAUGCUCGGACCCACUCACAGACGACGAUGAACCUCGCAAAGUCAUCCCCAUUACACCGGAGCCAGUAUUGGCACGACCAAAUCACCUGGACAUCCUGUCGCAGGUGAACUACGACAGCCGGAAAUCACCGCAGGAUGAGGACACGAGUCCCCUACCCGCAGCCAGGGAGAUUCAGAAGCUAAAGGAGCAGCUAGAACAGCAGAGCCUACAGACACGCCAAGCACUAGCUCAGCUUAUGCUCGUGCGGGAACAAUUGAUAUCCGAAACGAAUGCCCGGGUUGAGGCACAGGCCCGCACCCAGCAACUUUUGCAGCAAAAUCGAGAACUGCUGGAGCAUAUUGCCGCCCUGGGAGGCUACCAUGAGCCCGAUAGACCCAGCCUGACGGCCGCCACCCUCGGGAUUGCGCCUCAGUCACCACUUUUCCUCGCAACAACCCCCGAUGGGAAUGAUUUGGGUUCACCCAUUCGCAAGACAUUCGCAACACCCAGUGCUGCAACACUUAGUCAACUGGGUACAAUUAAUCAGCAACUAUCGACACUAAGUCAGCAAUUGAGUGGGCUCAAUCAGCAACAGCAGAAUCUUCACAAUCUCCAACAGUUGACCUUUGGUGCGAACCCACUGCCAUCGGGGUUUGGUGGACCACCACGUAGUACCCCGUCGAGUAGUGGUGAAUUAAUUUCGCAGCAAGAACUCUUUCAGCUCAAUGCUGAUCUCCUGUCGCGGUUGCAGAAUCUGAAUUUCGGCCAGAAUGGCGCGCAAAAUGGUGUCAACAACAAUUCGCCCCAAAGUUCCUUCAUCUUCUGCAACUCCAACGCAAUGGGUGGAAAUAACAAUGCAGCCAAUCUCCUAAAUUCCCCAUCGAGUGGUAGCAAUCUCACCCCAUCACCUCUGGGCACCCUCAAUCGAUCUUCCUUCUCCGCAAGUCCCAUGGAUGAGAGCUUAGCCGUGAGCAUGGAGAGGAAUCUCGAUGGGAGCGAUAGCGAAGUUCACCUAAUUAAGCCCCUUUCGCAAGUGGGCACCCUCACGACUCUCGAUGCAGAGGGGAAGGUCAAGGUGCUCGUACCCAUGUCAGCGGCAUCCACGAGCUCCAGAACAGCCUCACGGAGGGCAGAGAAGAAGGUCACCCUACCGGAAAUGGUGACACUGAAGGUGACGGAUGAAAGUGGGAAUGUAACGAAAAAACUACCAGCAACGCCCAGCUUCAUAACACGGAGCACCAGCGAGAAGGUACCAAGUCGUAGUCAGAUGAUGCUCCAGGUGCAGAGGACCCAGUGGGCAAGGCACACGACCAAGUAGACUCUGUAGUAGGAUUCCUUUCAGCUGAGGAGCUUCCCAAGAGUGGUUUACAAAGAGAAGAAUAAUUGAGAGAAGGAGUUUUGAGUCUUUUAUUAAUGGAGCUUUUACGAUUUGAUUUGGAGCUUUUUCUCUUUCACCAAGAAGUGGCUGAAAAUGUGAAGAAAAAAUAUUUUCUGGAAUUUUUAAAACACUUUUAAUAGUAGUUAAAAAAAUUGUUUUGAAUAUUUUUUUGAAAAGUUUUGAUUAUUUUUAAAUUAUUUUGAUUUAAAAAUAUCAAAAAUUCUCGUAGUGAAAUCCUUCAAUUUUUCUCAAUUUAAGAUUAACCGACUUAAAAAGAAAAAUCUUCAAAUCUUCAAAAGCUUUUUUAGCCUUGAACAGGAUAUACAUAUAACUUCUAAAGUUCUAAACCUCUAGACCUUCAAAAUAAAUCAAAAUUUAUCAGAUUUGAGAGGCUUUUCUUCUCUAAAAUCGAGUCUUUCUUUAAUUUAAUCAGAAAUUUUCCAGAAAACUUUCCCACAUCAUGUUUUAGUAUUUUUUUUCGAACUCUCUGUGGCUGUAAAAGCUCCUGAACUCUGUGAAUCUACAUAAUUUUAUAUUGAGGUGAAAAAAAAGCUCAAAAGCUUCAUGAAUACUUCACAAUAAAACUCCAUUCUUCUUCAUUUCUCUUUGUGUGCACCUUUUUGGGGGAAUUUCCUUUUGAAUCUCUGUCACAUUCACUUAAUGAAGUGCUUCAGCAACCAUAUUAUUGCUAUGAAAUGCGGUAUUCAAUGGUAAAGUCAUCAAUUUUACCUUUUCCCACCUUCCUUGUGAAUCUGACAGGAAUUCCUUUUGCGCUGAAAGGGUCAUUAAGGAACAAAGGAGAAAAAAACUUUCUCAACUAUAAGAUAUAUUUAUUAUUAUUCUCUGUACAUAGCUACAACUCCUAAUUGUCAAUUUUUAUGAUGAAAAAAACAAACAGAUUCUCUAUUUAGCUAAGAAAAAAAGAAAUUCUCAAACUUUCUCCUUAAUGUUUAUAUAUAUUUAAAGUAAAAAUUUUUCAAAUAUAAAAUAUCAAUUUCUUGAUGCAAAAUCUUCGCGAAAAAUGGUGCCAAAAUCGAUUCAAUUUUAUUCUUUUCAGAAUAAUUCAUAGCACUAUAUCACGUUCAAUAUAUAAAAGGAAAAUAUAUAUUAUAGGCUAUAUAUACAUAUUAUAGGAAGAGUUAUAUAGGAAGAAACGAAGAAAUAAAAAAAGUGCCAAAGAAUUUGGGGAGGAGAUAUUUAAAAAUUGAUUAUAGUAUUUUAUUCUUAGAGGAAAGUGAUGGUGAAAAGUGAUUUUUGGAGGCAUUCUCUCUGCCAUCCUGUGCUUUUUGGCAACCAUCCAAAGCUGCUCCAGCCGUGUGUGGGGGGCAUUUGGGGUUCUGGCCUUGGUUACACAAACCCUCCAGAGGGGCCACCCACUCAAUUUCCCCCCAAAUUCUAUUCCAAAUAUAUGAGAAAAGCUCCACUGGGGUUGAGGCUAUUCAAUUGGUUUAUUCACACACCCCAUUCCCACUUCCCUCAAAAUGCACCUGAAAAAUUAAUUACCUCCCCCGCAAAUCCCGCACACCUGCUAGGCUGCUCCCCCUCCCUCCAUACUCCCUGGAAAGUCCAAAUGUGAAAUUCCUCUCAAAAUGUUCAUUUAUUAAUGGAAUUUUCUCCGCGAUAGAGCGAUAUUUGAUUUGUCCAGACCGAAAUUCCAAUCAUCCACCCCAACACCCCCUGCUUGGUCCAAAAAGCACACACGGAUGAAAAGCGAAAUGUCAGGAAAAGCCGCAAAAGCUAAAAAUAAAAAGCAUGAGUGUGUACAUAGUUCGAGAAAAUCAUACUGUAGGUAUUUAUUUGUUAAUUUUGAGAAGGUAAAUCAAGAGAUAUUUUACCAGGUGUUACAAUUACUUUUGUAUAUCGAUAGUAAACAAAAAAAAAUAAAUGAAAAAUGUCACGAAAAAAGAAUAAAGAUAUAAUAGCAAAAAAAAAA